ACGGCCCAGGCCUCGCCCACGGCCCGAGCAGCAAUCCCUGAAAGCCGCCUGUGUGGCCAAGCUGCUGUCAAGGUCUGUUCUCCCUGAAGCGUUGUGGGGCUUCUUUAAAGACUAGGCCAUGGCUGGGAAAGAGAGUUUGAAAAAAUCCUUCAAGGACAGCCUGGAGGACAUAAAGGAGAGAAUGAAAGAGAAAAGAAAUCAGAAGUGGAUGAAGCUGGGGAAAGCGAAUCCGAUCCUGUCCACAAAGCACAAAGGAGCAACCAGCAGUUCUGCGCAACUCAAAAGCAUCCAAGAGAAUAACCGAGCAUUGGCUCUGGCAUUGCAAGAGGAAAAGACCAAACUGAAAGAAGCGCAAGAAGUCAUUUUGCAAUUAAAGAAAGAAUAUCAGUAUCUGAAGCUUCAACUGUUUGGCUUGGAAAGAAAGCUGAGGUCGCAGCAAGCAAAAGAACCUGCCGAGACUAAACUGUCAGCUUUGAGCAAGAUUAUUUCUGAAGUUGCUCAGAAACUCUUGGACACAGCUGACCUUCUUCGUCCUGCACAAGAUUUGUGUUUCAUGGCUCUAAACAAGAGAGUGUGUUCUUCGGCACAUGAAGAUAACUCCAGUAUUUUAAGACAAGAAGAUUCUCUUAGACUUCCACAACGUGUUCAUGUUGCAGAUACCAGCACAGAAUGUGAAAUGCUUGGAAACGGAACAGAGAAUGAUACUGAUACAAAUGAUGCAUAUUUUGUACCGUAUUUGUCGCAGGCCCUUACAAAAAUGACUACAGACACAGGACAAAGAUCUGAUUUUUAUCUGGAUAAACUGGAAAAGUCUAAGCUGGACAAUGUUCCUUCCACAAAAGACAAUAUGGAAGUUGGUAAUAUGUUACCAAAAAAUGUGUCCACCAGGCAUCGCUAUUCAAAGUUGAAAACUUGGAAUGACCACUGCAUCCAUAAUGUUGGCCAUUCAGAAAUGCCUGACUUGACUAGAGAAUCUUAUAAGCAAGAUGAAACUGGACUUCAGGAAAGUUUAGAAGACGGUAAUAUAGAAACUAUAGAACCAAAUCCUUCUCAACUAAAUAAAAACAAGAUCAACUUGGAGACGGUGGAUCAGGCAAAUAAAUUAACUGACAUGAACUGCUCAGUUGUAGAACUGAAACUUAAACAAAUUAAGCUUAAAAGCAGAGAAGACUGUCAAACAAGGAAAAAGAGAGGAAAAUCGGAAGGAACUAAAAAUCAAAAUUCCAGAACAAAAGCCAAAAAGAAGCUAAACCAGGGUGAACAAAAUUCUUCAAAAGAAAAGCUGGAUUCAUCUGUUAACUCAAGAGAUGCUUAUGAUUUUCUUUUGGAGGAGAGUGUCCAUAUCACACCUUUCCUUCAAAAUAAGGUAAAUAGUAGGAACAAUGAUCUGAAGGACAGAAAGGAUCUAUCUGAAGAUGAAAUAGACAGCAGUGAGUUAAAUGACUCAGAAGUGGAUUCAAAAGAUAGCCCUUUUGUGCCUUAUCAAAGUAAGUCAAAAUACAGGAGGAAUUUGGAGGACAGCAAUGAUACAAUACCAAUCCCAACAAGAGCACAAUCUAAGAGACUUCUAGUUUUGAAUCAGCAGAAAUAUUCCUGUGAAGAAGAGACUGAGAGUACUAGAAAAAACAAAUCUAUUGAGAAAACCAGGAUCCCUGCUGAUCAGGACCCACAAGGUCAUGCCCAGACCCAGAGACCACUUUCCCCCAGCAGACAAUGGAGCAACAUCAAAGUUGUGGCAGGCGAGACGCCUGGAGGUGAGGUGACACCAGCUGUGGUACCUGCCCAGUCAUCUGAGGGUGCUCGUCCUUCUCUCUCUGAUGUUACCAACAUCUCAUUUCGUGACAAAAAAAAUAGCAUCUCUCAGCCAGUCCUUAAUAUUGAAGAAAGAAUAGGAGCUCCCAACUGCAAACGCAGAUGUACCGUCAGUGUGAACUAUAAGGAACCAAGUAUUUCUGGGAAACUCAGAAGAGGAGAUCCGUUUACAGAUGCUUGCUUUCUGAAUUCGCCAAUUUUCAAGCAGAAAAAAUCUGAUGGAAAGAGUUCUACUAAAAAAAAAUCUCUGUCCAAAUACAACGAGGUGUUUGUUGGUUGUCACUGAGAAAUCCUUGAACACCUUGCUGUCGAAUUUUGAGACCGAAAGGCUGAGGAAUAAAUUUGCUAUAUAAACUUGGUGCUUGUAAAAGCACCUUUAGUCUUAUAUGGUCUUGAAAUGUCUCCUUCAAGCUCUACAAGGGAAAUAUAAAUGUAUGUUUGUACAGAAAAGUACAUUCCUCUAACAUAUAUUCUUUAAUUUUAGGUGGUACAGGAAUUUCAGUAUGGGCCAAAAGGAUACACUUUUAUCCCUAAGAUCAUGUUGGGUUUUUUUAAUCUAAGCAGUAAUUGACAUUGUGUUUGGUUAGAUGAGCAGCUGUGUGUGAAUUAGGACUUUCGAAUACUAGAUUUGUCAGUCCCUGCUUGCCAUAACACCUUAAUUAAUAUGGAUAAAUGAUUUGAUCACUUAAGUGUCAACUGUAGAUAUUUCUUUUCUAUUACUUAAACUGCUGUAAUUUUAAUGUUGAAGCUUAUAAUAAACAUCUUGGAUGUU